AUGCGCUUCACCGGCUCGUUAAGAGGCGGCCUCGUCGCACUGCUCACCCUUGGCCAACCCGUGUGCGUUUGGAGCAAGACCGUUACCCAUGACUUCCACCUGAGCUGGAUCACAACAAACCCAGACGGCGCCUAUGCGAAGUCCACAAUCGGCAUCAACAACCAAUGGCCACCUCCGCUCAUCACCGCCACCGUCGGCGAUGAAGUCGUCGUGAACCUGCACAACGGCCUCGGAAACACCACCACCAGCCUGCACUUCCACGGGCUCUUCCAGAAUGGCACCAACCACAUGGACGGCGCAGUCGGCGUCACCCAGUGCCCCGUACCGCCGGGCCACACCUUCACCUACCGCUUCAAGGUCGAGCAGCCGGGCACGUACUGGUACCACGCCCACAACAACGGUCAGUAUCCCGACGGCCUGAGAGGUCCCGUUGUGGUCCACGACCCGGCCGGGCCGUACGAGGGCAAGUACGACGACGAGAUCGUCUUGACCUUUUCGGACUGGUACCACCGUCCGAUGAAGGACCUGAUCGCCGAGUUCCUAAACUACAAGAACCCUUCGGGCGCAGAGCCCGUGCCACAAGCGGCGCUGAUGAACGACACGCAGGACCUCCGCGUCAAGGUCGAGCCGAGCAAGACGUACCUGGUCAGGAUGGUCAACGUCGGCGCGUUCGCGUCGCACUUUGUCAGGUUCGAAGGUCAUCAGGUGAGUGUCGUCGAGGCCGACGGCGUGUGGAUGGAAAAGUCGGCACCGGUGGAUGUGCUCUACCUCGCUGCCGCGCAGAGAUACAGCGUUCUGCUACAGGCCAAAUCAGAUGCGGCACAGAACUUUGCGAUUGUCUCCACGAUGGACGAGGAGCUAUUCGACGAUGCUCCCGAGGACCUGAACCCGUCCGUGACCGGGUGGCUGGUUUACGAUGAGGAGAAACCCCUGCCGGAGCCGGACAAACUGGCACCUGACAGUGGCAUUGUGCUGGAUGAUAUGGACCUCGUGCCUGCGGACAGGUACAGACUGUUGGAUACGGUGAGCCAAUCGCUCGAGUUCAACGUUCACAUGAAGAUUCUCGGGAACGGAGUGAACUAUGCAUUCUUCAACAACAUCACCUACGUCGGCCCGAAAACGCCAACACUCUACACGGCCCUUACAGUCGGCGGCGCCGCCAACGCCACGAACCCCAUCGUGUACGGCAGCCACACCAACAGCCACGUGCUGCGCCACAACGACGUCGUCGAACUGGUCGUCAACAACUUCGACGAUGGUGACCACCCAUUCCACCUGCACGGGCACAACUUCCAAGUCAUGACCCGUUCCGAUGCCGACGCGGGCCCCUACGUCCCGUCCAACCGGCCGCGGCUGCAGAGGGACGUCCCCCUGCGCCGCGACACGGUCCUCAUCCGCGGCAACGGCCACGCGGUGCUCCGCUUCGUCGCCGAUAACCCGGGCGCCUGGCUCUUCCACUGCCACAUCGAGUGGCACAUGGAACAGGGGCUCGUCGCGACGCUGGUGUCGGCCCCGGACCGGCUCCUCGGCGCCUCCAAGCACCCGCAACUGCCCCGGUCGCACCUCGAGUCGUGCAAGCGGUCCGGCAUGCCGUACCAGGGCAACGCAGCCGGAAAUGAGCACGACGUGCUGGACCUAACGGGCGAGAACCGGCCGCCGCCGCCUUUGCCGACCGGAUUCACGGCCAAGGGCUACGUGGCACUGGUGUGCAGCGGCUUGGCGGCCGUUGUGGGCAUGGCGAGCAUAUGGUACUAUGGUAACAUUCCGGAUAUGCAAAAGGGGUAUGAGGCUAUAUAG